CCUGCUCACGGAAGCCCAAGCUUCCGUACAGUAGUAUGGCAGCCCCUAAAGACGUUGCCCACAGCAGCGUCUGCCGUACAAAAUGGCCGCCCCUAGGGAGCGCCCCGCCCCAGCUCCGGCCUGACCUCCGGAAGUGCCUGUUUGAAACACCCGCCGCGGCCGACCUGGCGGGCGGAGUGGCAGUUGCUGCGGAGCAUGUUUUGAAAUCGAGCGACGUGGACCAGAGUCAGGAGCCGGAGGAGCCGGUCCAGCCGAGCCACCUCCUCGCCAUGGCCAGCGUGGUUAAGACGGUACACACUCUGCAGCCCCGCCCGGUGCUGAGCAGCGGCCACCCGGCUGAUGUGAAAACUCGAGGUGUUUCUAAGAGCCUCUUACCUGUGAAGUGCAAAGAAGUCGAUAUUUCCAAACCUCUUUAUUCAGGGGCUUCAGAGAAUGAUGUCACAAAAACCAUCAAACUGAGACGAGAGACUGGGCAGGUGAAAGCUACGGAAGCUGCCAUCAAGAAGAACAUCAAAAAGGGGUGCAAACCAGAGGGGAGGCAGGCAUCAGAGGAGGAACUCACAGACAGAAACCAGCUCUCAGAGACCAUCAACAAGCAGUUGCACCAGAAGCUGACUGAGAUCCGGGGAGAACUGAAGAAGCUGACCCAAAGGGUGGAGCUGCUGGAGAAGUUUCAGGACAACUGUUUGGCAAUUUUGGAGUGCAAAAGCGAUGACUCCUCAGGCUGUGAGGAGGCCCUGUCAGCCCAGCCGGAUUCCACCACAGAUCACACGGACUCAAUGUUGCUGUUAGAAACUUUGCAAGAUGAGCUGAAGCUCUUUAAUGAAACAGCCAGAAAGCAGAUGGAGGAAUUACAGGCCUUAAAAGUCAAGUUGAAGAUGAAAGAAGAGGAGAGAGCCCGGUUCUUAGAGCAGCAGACCUUAUGUAAUGGUCAGAUAAAUGAUUUCACAACAGUACUUGAAGAAAUAGAGCAGCUAUUAGAAAUGUGAUCAAAAGUAGGUGGCCAGAUAGCUCCUCUGGGGGAUAAUCUUGCAGAGGAAGCUGGUCAGGGCAUCCGCUUCUUGGCCAUGACCUUUGAAGACUCAUCAUGAGAAUGAACCGCUUCCGCAGUAAGACUAAGGGCAACAUAUGCCAAAACGAUAGUCACUCCUGUAAGUAAGUGUUCACAGUCUCCAGCUCUCCUGAACCUCUCACAAACCGUGAAGGCCUGAAGAGGAGGGCCUAGGAGCUUGAC